AUGGAACCGCCUCGGUUUUCAUUUCUUCGGCAGGUUGGUUAGUGCGUGGUUUACAUUUAGGCCUCAGCUCUAGUGCUGUUGACUGUGGCUUGGACGGUGGUGUACUAUCGCUACACGAUGCUGUAAGAAAGAUAAUUGAUGAGUACACAGACGUCUUCCAAGGUCUUGGUUGCCUCGAUGGAGAUUACCACAUCAAAGUAGACCCCUUGGUUCCACCAGUUGUAUAUCCAGCACGCAAGAUACCGUUUGCUAUAAAAGACAAGUUUAAAGACGAACUGUGUCAAAUGGCAAAAAUCGGAGCCAUUACCAAGGUUACGGAGCCCUCAGAGUGGGUGAAUUCAAUUGUUGUUACAGAAAAGAAAAAUGGAAAUCUACGGAUCUGCCUCGACCCAAGAGCGUUGAAUAAAGCAGUACAACGAAAGCACUAUCCCAUGAAAACUGUGGAAAAAGUAGCAGCUGAGUUGGAGGGAGCAACGGUGUUCAGUACCUUAGAUGCCUCAUCUGGAUUUUGGCAUAUCAAACUGGAUGAGCAGAGCUCUAAAUUGACCACCUUUAAUAACCAUUUGGGCGGUAUCGGUUUCUUCGCUUACCCUUUGGACUAA